CCAAAGGCCCUAAAACCUGUUUCGUCGAGACUCGACUCGAGAGUACUUCAAAUUUUGAAAAUCCGAAGAAAUCCUUAUGGCGAUGGUUGCAGAGAGAAAUGAAUUAGGGUUUCCAUACUGGAAUCCAGUUCCUCGAAAAUUCAGGCCAGAUUCCCCCUUCUUCACAUCAGGCAACAUAGAAAGAGAGCUUCUCGCCAAACAGGUUGCGUUAGAUAUAACUGAAGAUGAAAUGUAUCAACUUCAGGAUAUGGAAGAUGAAGAAGUCCGGGCUCUAUACUGUCCAAUUGUCGGGUGUGGUGCACGACUAAAUUCUUUGGAAGACUUUGAAGGACACUACCAUGCUCGGCAUACUGCAUCCUGUUCAGUGUGCUCAAGAGUGUUCCCAACAUCACGCCUGCUUAGUAUACAUGUCUCUGAAGCACAUGAUUCUUUUUUUCAGGCGAAAGUUGCACGAGGCUAUCUAAUGUAUGAAUGCCUAGUGGAAGGAUGUGAAAUGAAGCUAAAAAGCUACAAAAGUCGGCAGCAACACCUUGUAGACAAGCAUAAGUUCCCAAUGUCUUUCGAGUUCUUCAAGAAGGCUCAAGCAUCCAAGAAACACCGGCAGAAGAAGCAUCAUAAGCAAAAACAACCUGAUAAGAAGAACAGUAGUAAGAUCAGUAAGAAAGAUGUUAAAGAAGAUGAUACAGAGGCAGAGGCAGAGGCAGAGGCAAGCAGAAUGGAUGUGGAUAAGACUAUAGAUAGCCUUGUUUCUGGAGUUUCCAGACUUAGCACAUCAGACUAUUCUCCUUCUUCAGUCAGUUUUGGGAGGCGCCGCAAUCAAGUCUUUACAUUUGUUUCACGGGCUGUACAACAAGACAGUAAACAUAACCCAUCUGUUAAAGGCUCAGAAAAAUAAUCGUGCUGAUAGUUCCUGCUCUUAGUUUUCUGGGUAAGGCGGGAUUAUUGUACUUGCGAGUUGGUGACCAAAAGGCUAAUUGUAUAGAUGAUGCAGAUUCAUCGCCCUAGUCUUGUAUGAUGUAAUACGGAAAAUGUGGGUUAUAAUACAUGAUACUUGGAAAUUUGUAAUUGAAGUACUGAAUUUUAUUUUAUAUCUGAUAAAGAAAAGGCCGUUUAGAAA